UGGUCUUAUAUUUGUUGUUGUAUUUUUGGGUAGUUUUGCACUCUCUUUCUCUGGUUUUAUUGUGUAUGAAAUCUGACCUUCAAAGAUCACUACUUUCUACUUCUAUGAGCUAUAUUUUUUCUCUUUUGGCCUUGCUAUCUUCUUCAAGAAUCAAAUCCUUCUUUUCUUGCACCGAUGAGGAUUAGAAACAGAAAGGUUCCUUUGCCUCUUUCAUCCCUUUCCCCUAUACCUCUCUCAGAUCCCCAGUUUAGCCGGUCUCCGGUGGUGCAACUUCAAUUACACAACAGCCCACAUCAAAGUCUCCAUCAAGAACCUCAGAAGGAUGAAUACUUUGAUCUUCACCUGCCUUCUGAUCGCCUAAAUCAACCGAUCGGAGGUGGAAGCAAAGGUCAUGAUGAUUGCUCCCAUGGUGCUGGGCCACAAGAAGAGAAGAAGGUUUUGUUGGAAGAGGGAGAUGGGAUUAAAGGAGGAGAGCCAAGAGAGAAGAGUAAUGAUACCAGGAGGGGAAGUUUCUUGAGUGAAGGAGUACACGUUACGGUUCUUCAACAAUCUAGUUCUUCCCAUCAAGGAGUUGGGAGAUGGGGUGAGGGAGAGAAGGCAUUUCCAUUAAAGAAGAGAAGAGGGAGCUUUGAAAGGAGAUCGAAUGAAGAAACGAUAGUGGAUAGAAACAAGAAAAUGAAAACCAAAAUGAAGACAAAGAUGAACAAGAAAUGUGUGCAACAGAAUGGUGAUAAUGAAGAAGAUGAGAAGGAAACAAAAGAAGGUGCUGGUUCCAAUAUAAAAGCAAAGCCUAGGGGUGGUGCACUGUUGGAGGGAUCACGGUGCAGUCGUGUUAAUGGUAGAGGAUGGAGGUGUUGUCAGCAAACCCUUGUGGGAUACUCUCUUUGCGAACAUCAUUUGGGUAAAGGAAGGCUAAGAAGUAUGAAUAGUGUUCGAAGCCGAUCCAUUGCCACUACUGUACCAAAGAAGGACGAGUCUGAGGAAGUAUCGAGCCAUUUAUUACCGUCGCAGAAGAAAGAAGAGACUAAAGGGGCUUCUUUAGAUGAUAAAGUUAGUGUUGCAUAUGAUGAAGAUGGUAAGGAGAAGCCAUUGGUGGUCUCAAAGAGGAAGAUGAAGCUUGGUGUGGUGAAAGCUCGAUCAAUGAGCAGCUUGUUGGGCCAAGCAAACAAUGCAGUUGGAGUGGCUGAGAAUAACGACUAGGGAAACUCUCUUGAUGGUGUUGGGUGAUCUGCCUAGCUAGUGCAAGCAUAACAAUUGUUCUUUUCUGUUUGAGAGUCUGAAUGAAGAACGAAAGGAAGCUGGAUAGAUCCUUGAUCAAGUGUUAUCUUUCUCUUGAACUGCAUUAUAAUUAAUAUUUUCUUUUCUUUUCUUUCUGUUUCUGAACUAAUCUUAAUGUUUUGCUUAAUGCUUUUGUAUUAUGACUGGUGGGUUUGAUAUAUGUUACUUGACUGAAUCAUAUGGAUUUUACUUUCAGUUUAAUUCA